UUCUUUACUUUUGAAAACUAAAGAUUGAAAGCUAUUGAUUGCUGCGCAAGGAAACUAUCAUGAAUAUCGGUUCAACCAAGAGAAAGUGGGAAGAAAAAUUGAAGAAUGUUGAGGAACUAGCAUCUUGCUAUAUGCGGAGGCCUCUCUGUUCGAGUUACAAGCCAAAACUGUCCAAUGCAUUGCAACCAUCUUCAGUUUGGAAACUAUUCUAUCGGCAAACUCAUGCAUUUAACUUUGCCAAGACUUGUAAAGAGGAUGUUCAUGUAUUUGCUUUGGAAAAGUGUGAUGGAAAUAAUCAACGGCUCUAUCUUGUGACAACAUAUACAGAACUUUGGUUCUACUACAGCAGACAUGAAACAAAACUGAAGCAUUGCUAUGAAGUCAUCCCAGAAACAGCUGUUUGCAAACUUUACUUUGAUUUGGAAUUCUACAAACCAACAAAUCAGGAAGCCAAUGGAAAUCAGAUGGUAGCAGACUUAAUUAAGUUUAUAGGUAGAAAACUAGAUGAAUACUAUGGAAUAAAAUGCUCAGCUGAGGAUAUUUUGAAAUUGGAUUCCAGCACUGAAGAAAAAUAUAGCUGUCAUUUAAUAUUUCUAUUAGAAAAUGCUGCAUUUAAGAAUAAUAUCCACAUAGGUAACUUUUUAAGAACAAUUUUGCAACCUGCUAUUCUUUUAACGAAGAGUAAAGAUGCAAUGGACCCCCCAAAAAUCAACUCUGUUGGUCAGUGUUAUAAAACUACCAUUGAUUUGCCUACAUGUCUUGAAAACGACAGUUUAGUCAAGGAUGCGUCUCAGAACUGGAAACUCAACUCUUACAAAAUAUCAGAAAAAGGGACAUCAGAAGAAAAUCCAGAUCUUUCUUUUUUAAUAGUGAAUAGUAAACAAGGAGAAAAGCAACUGUUUGUGGAUCUUGGGGUUUAUACAAAAAAUAGAAAUUUUCGAUUAUACAUGUCAUCAAAAGCAGGACACACUGUCAUUUUGAAUAUUGCAGAAGAUAACAAGUUUGUUCCUAAACCUAUAAACAAUUCUUGCAUAGAUGAACAGUAUUUUUUGUCCUCCUUGAUCUGCAAUGUAAGAUUUUCAGACUGCUUAAAAAUUUUGACCUGUGACAACCAAGAGCAUUCAAGAGAACCAUCCCUAUAUUUAGAAGACAAAGUAUCAAGGAACUGUCUGGCUCCAAUAGAAGGAUGCCACUGUUCACCUUACCCAGAAAUUGAUAAUUUUGUUUGCACGUUAAUCAAGAAAGAUAAUGUUCAAGGAGGGAUAAGAAGAUGGAAUUACUUUUCACUUGAACAGCUUAUUGUAUAUGAUAUCUCCAAUUAUCGGUGGUGCAGAAAUAUUGGCAGAGCUCACAAAAGUAAUAAUAUAAUGAUUAUAAUAGAUUUGAAAAAUGAAAAUUGGUAUCAGAAAUGUCAUGAUCCUAUUUGCAGAGCUGAAAACUUCAAGUCAGAAUGUUUUCCACUACCAGCUGAAGUAUGCUUGCCCUUCCUUUUCAAAGAGGAUGAAGAUUAUGUAGGUACAAUAAGUGAAAAUAACACUGAAGAAAGAGCAAAUACAGUUGAUGUUACAGAUUUAUUGGACAGCAUACCUUUUACUUCAAUGCAAGAAAAUAACAAGCUAAACAAGAAAAGUUCCAAUGUUGAAUGGGAUCAUGAGCUUGACACCUACCUUUUGGAAGCUUCUGAAGAUGUGGAACUAAUUGAAGCUACUGAUAUUUUUCAUACCCAGAAGAACUGUACUGUGAAUGAAAUACCUGAUGAGCUCCUAGCAGGUGUUUUAAGAAAUUAUGAAGUAAAGGGAAGAAAGGAAAGUUAGAAAAAUCUUGUGGAUGAAUUAAAUAUCAC